AUUUUUCAAGUCUUCUUAUAAAAUGCCAUAGACGAACAAUCACGUCUCAAAAUAUUUGUCAUUUCAUGUAUGCUCAAGUGUAUGAAAGAAAACAAGACCAAGGCUAAAGUUGAGCAUCUGUUAAAAUAAUCGAUACCAAGUAUAACGUAUGGGCAAUAGAAUUUUAUUAGUCGGUUUAUCAGAGUCAUGGAAGUACUUCGAUUCUUUUGCUUCCUCGUAGUUCUAUGUCGAAUCGGACAUUCUUCGGCAUCUUACUAUCUACUGGGAAGCCUGAUAGAAGACGUACUCUCGUCGGAUUUCGAGAAAGAUAGCUCCGAGGAAGACACCGUAGCCGUGAAGGGCGAAGACAAAGAAGAUGCGGAGCGGUGGUUGAGCCACUAUUGUGAUUACUUGUACGACUUCCUGGGUAUUGCCUUGCUUCAGGAACUCACUGAAGAGCUUGCGGACACACCGAGUGAUUUUGGUGUCGAACCAGAAACCCAGGUGGAAAAACCUCAUAUAACUUAUAAUGAUUCUCUGCCGAUACCGGCUGCCGUGUAUAACGAUAUACUUGAAACAACGUUGAAUUCAGGACCAAGUACAGCCGAUCUGCCAGCAGAGCCUCCGUCGUCGUCAGUGAAUAAACCACAGUUCAUCACGAGUUCAUUAAUUCCGUCAGUCUUACCUCCAGGUCAGGUGUUACCGGUAAAUCAGACCACAGAAGAUUCAUUAACGAUUGCGUUAGCCAGUGAUCUGGUGGAUGAUACUAAUUGAAAGAAAAAUAGACGAGGAUCCCAUAAGUAAGUGUUAGCUGUCUACAGUGACGUAUCGUGAGGGGUAUAAAAGCAUAAAAAGAAAAUUUGAUAAGAAUCAAUAAAAUGAUUAUUUUAAUAUAGAAUUCAGAUUAAUUACAAUAAUAAGGACGAGCAACGAUGUUGGCCUACAUAUCUAAACCGUACGUACCUUGCAUUGGUAAUCGGAUGAUUAAUAUUUAAUGUGAAUAUGUUAAAUGAAUGGAAACAAAUGGAACUAGAAAAUUAUGUAAUUAAAAUAUCAUAAUUAAUUCACUUGCAAUUACAUAGUAUCAGGGGUUCCACAAUUUUCAUCGAAUACACGAUUUAAUUGAAAUCAUCUCCCGUAACGCUGCUCUGGACCAAUUAACGAUUUUCAUUCUAUCCACGAAUCCCAAUGACAUGACCAUUAUCCUUGCGUAAGUUCAAGACUACAAUUUUUCGAUAAAAAUUAAAAUUAAAAAAUUAUCGAAAUAUUGGUAUUUCGAAAGUAUUGUUUAUCCAAUUCGUUGCUCUGUUAAUUUUCAUAUGAAUAAUUUAUUUUUCUCAUAGUCAAUAAUAUCCACUGACGUUU